AUGAAGUCGCGAAAGGACAAAGAUUAUAUUGACCGUCGUCGGGUUCAGAAUCGCAUGGCUCAGCGCAGGUUUCGACAAAGACAGGCUCAGGUAAAAGAGUUAGCAGAGACAGAGCCCCAAAAUCAGCCCACUACUCCGAGUCCGCCAAAUUCAUCUAAUAUUCACGUCGAGCAAGAUGUGGAUACAUCAAUCAAUGCCACCAGUUCGGUGGAAGUCGGCGCGUCUAUCGCAGAUAUGAGCACGAAAACCUCUACAGCCCUUAAUUCUCUUCCGAAAGCUUACGGCUUUGGCGUGACAUGUCUACUAAGCCGUAACAAUGGCCUUUUGGGAGUUCUAGAUCGUACGAAUAUGCAUAAUGUCAAGUUUUCUUCGUCGUCAGAAGUGGACUUUAAUUUUACUAGCAGUGUCUCCGUCCCAUUCUCUGCGGGUGGCCGAGGCUUUCCUGAAAAUGGCGAUACAAGAAAGUCCGAAAGUCUCGAGGCCGCUGAUCGCUCUCUACCAACGUCCUGCAUCGACGAACCCAUGGCCUCAUCACCCUCUAUUUCAAGACACGCCGAGAAAGAGAAGAAUGCGGAUCCUAAUUCAGCCUCGGGCUUUCUCACCCCUCUCCAUAUAGCCGCGAAGAACGGUAAUGAGCGGAUUGUCCGCAUGUUGUUGCAGCACAACGUCGACUGCGACGAACCGGAUAGCGAAGGCUUGACUGCGUUAAUUCACGCCACCAUCAGUGGCCAUGAAGAUGCCGUCUCUGUGCUUCUCGCUCAUGGUGCACAAAUUGGCCCCGUCGAUGGUCACUACAAAUCGGCGCUUCAUUGGGCGGUCUUGCAUAGAAGAGUAUCGAUACUGAGAGCUCUGUUGAAGCAUUGCGCAAAUGAUCAGAGUCUGAUAGAUGGCUGCGACAGCGAGGGUAUGACGCCCUUACUUAAAGCUAUUGAUAUUGAUUUUGAAGCCGGUGUGGAGUUAUUAUUACAUGGUGGUGCUAAUGCGCAUUACAAAAUGAAAAAGUCGCUAGUGCAGUAA